UGUCAAGUCUUUUCAUUUAGUAUUAUGUGUUCAUUCAAAUACUAAAGGCUGCUAAUAAAUGUAUUGUGGUCCAGGUCCUCUUCAACAUUUAAACAAUUGUUAAGAUAAUGUUAGACUCAUUCAGUAAGGUUUUUUUUAACAACCUGGCAAAUAUUCUCCUCAGUUGUUUAUACAUGUUUGAAUAACAAAUAAGUUCAUAAUUUACAACUUAUGAACUUCCAACUUUUAGACUCUUUUAUAACUGGGUCCUGUAAGGAGAGAAGCACCUAAUAUUCUUCCAUGUGAUAUUUUUAUUAGCUUUUUUCUUUUUCUUACAGAGCAAUGAACAGAAUAGAAAAUUAAUUAGAUCAAAUAUGAAUGCAUAACAAAUCAGUUUUAUUUUGGAAGAAGUAAAGUUUAAAUUCCAAACCUUGCACGUAUUGAAUUAGAGGAAAAUAACCUGCUUUUAUUACACUGACUCAGCAAACGGUGAUUGAAAACAUCUGACCUAGCGACACCACCCUCAUAUUCACGCAGCUCGAGUGGGGACAGCCGAUCAUCACCGUGCACUGUCGAAAUGUUGAACGAAACUCUCUCUUAUCGUGGGUACUUCCUGCUCCAAUCACAAUACCGCCUGUGCUCCAACAAGCAGCACCGCUGAGCCUCCUCUCAUACGAUUUGACGACGGAUGGGAGCGCGGAAACGACGUAUGUAGCUGCACGGUUACAAUAUAGAUGUUUUAGACAUACGCAGCUGCCCGUGCACCCCGAGUUUGACUGAUUCCGGACGUGCAAGACACAAAUAUCAGGCUUGUAAAGGGGGAUUGUGUUUCUGCAGCGCAACAUUUGUUUGAUGUGUGAUCAAGGAUUGGGAAGUAAACACGCCGGCCUGCGCUCAUGAUCAGAGGCGCGGUGAGAUUGAUGCCACAGACGAUUGUCCUUGAUUGCAAGUUGAUUUUACAUUGGAGCAGAGGUACUGUGGGCUCCGAUGGCGUCAGCUGCGAAGGUUUCCAUUCUGGACUACUUUAAUAUUGUUUUUGAAGGUGAAAAUGGUAAAAUCGAGUCCAACUGCAAAGCAUGUGGCACCAGAAUCCAGGCGAAGCGGAGUGUCACGUCCAACUUCGUUACGCAUCUCAAGAGGAAGCACCAGGCUAUGUAUGAUGACUUUGUGAAGAGGAAGGAUAUGAAGAGAGAGGGUUACUCUUCUGCCUCUCUGCACACUUUCCCCUCAAAUGGAGGGAAUACCCGCUACACUGUCCCCAUCACCAUCAGCACAGGAGGAGGGGGAGGCGGAGGUGGAGGUGGAGGUGUUGGAGGAAUGGGAACUGUUGAGGGAGGAAUAGGAGCAGGUUCUGGAGGAGGGAUUACCAAGUUUGACAGACAUGACCCACGUCAGGUUCUGAUAUCUGAGGCUAUAGCUAAGAUGAUUGUGCGUGAUCUGCAGCCAGUGUCCAUUGUAGAAAACCAAGGUUUCAGAGAGUUGCUUCAGCUCCUAGAACCACGUUACACACCUGAGGCCCAGCAUUAUAUCCAGAGCCAGCUCCUCCCAGCUUACGCCUACCAGGCCCAGCUGGCAACCCGUCAGGCCCUGGCCUCUGCGCAUGCCCUCACUCUCAGCCUGGAUAUCUGGAAGGGCUUCACUGGAGCCUCCGCAGGGUAUCUCGGUGUCACCUGCCAUUUCCUCACAUCUGAUUGGCAGAUGCGGUCUGCUCUCCUGGCCUGUCUUCCCCUGACGGGAGGCAGCUCUGAGAAUCGUGUCCUUUCAGAAUUUGAUGAGGUGUGUCACUCUCACGGGGUGUCAGGGAGAGCCUUUCGUGUUGUGGCAGACCCUUUCUCGACUUUAAAAACAGUAAAGCCAUGUUGUCUCCCUGGCUUCCUGGUCUCACCUCCUCUCACUAAUGCGCUGCAGGGAGAGAAUGAAGACGGGCUGGACAAUGGUAACACUUUGGAGGAAGGGACGAGGAAUGGCCUCGGUGACAGUGGAGGAGAAGGAGAGUGGGAGGACUUGUGGGAGAAGGGUCUGGGUGGUUGUCGGGUAGACUGUUUCUCUCGCUGUCUUGAACAGUGUGUCAGAGAGGGGUUAUGCUCCUGUCCACAACUCUCCCCAACGCUAGCCAAGGCUGCCUGUUUCUACACCUACAUUACCUCUGCUGUCCCACCUGAGAAACUUAGCCAGGUGUUUGACGGUCCUGGCUUGAUGAUGGGAGGAUCAGGAAAUACCCCACCUGCAACAAGGGACUGGGCUGCUCAGCUUAAGGUGCUUCGGCGGCUGCUGGACUCAGUGGAGUUCCUAGAGGAGGUAAGCGGUCCAGGGGAGCUAGCACUGGGUUCAUCAGAGAGAGCCCUGAUAAGGGAGCUCACUGACACUUUGGAGCCUUUCACCGAGGCCUGGGACAUGGUGCAGGGUGAAAGACAUUCAGAUAUACAGACAGACAGACAUGUCUCUAUCAGCCUUGCUCUGCCGUGUGUUCUGGGCCUCCGGAAACAUCUCUCCGAGACAUCAACCCCACACUGCCCCUCUCUCUUGGCCGGCCUCAGCCGUGCUGUAGAGAGUCGACUGGCCCCUAUCCUCGAUGACCCCCUCUACAUCAGUGCCACCACCCUGGACCCUCAGUUCAAGCUCACAUGGAGCAGCACCCCUGAUUGGCACAGACAACUUCUCAUAGAGGAGUUAUCCAAACAUUCAACAGCCUCCAGCCCAAUAGACCCAAACACAGACCUACUUCCUCAAUCCCAGACCCCUCCUGACCCAGCUCCGUCGCCGGUCUCUCACCUCUCUCGGCCCUGCAAGCUGUUCUCUUUCAUCAAGCAGAGACCAACCACACAGGCCAAGAGCCUAGAGCAGGAGCUGGCUGUCUACCUGCGUGAGGAGCCCACAGAUGAGGAGGCUCUUCAUUACUGGCGACGUAAAGCCAUCGACUUUCCUCUGCUUGCACAGGUUGCCAAGAAAGCGUUUACUGUACCUGCUUGUGGCACUGUAGUGGAGAGCAUUUUUACCACUGCUGAGCACCUUUUGCGGCCAGAGAGAGGCCGUGUUUUACCAAAGAACCUGGAGACGCUUAUCUACCUCAAAGCCAACUAUAGAUUAUUAUGGACCUAUAGCUAAACAUCAAGCAUUCCCUCUACCUAAAAAGCAACUGAGACUUUAUUCAUGCAGUGAAGUUAUUGAUUGUAUGCUAACCUCUAAGAUAGCAACACAAUCCAAUCCUCAUACUUCAAAUAAUUUGACAUUUAAUUGCAAAGUUUACUUGUUUACAUUCUUAAGAAGGGUUGUGCAGACUGCAGUAGGUAUGGAUUGCUGUCUGUGUACUAUGUAGCAUGCAAAUACAGUGCUGUGGACCAGGGGGAGCAGAAGUGGAUCAAUACUGAGACAUUUCCUUGGACAUUAUUUGGCCUGAUCAGGGUUUCCAAACAACCACAAGACUACAAAGCCCUUUUUUGAUGCCCCCGCCCCUCAAGACAGCUUUUGUGCAUAACUACCAAGACUGACAUUCCAACAAUCACUAAAUGGUCAGCUUUUGCAUUGUGUAGCAAAGAAUCUAUUUCCACAGAAGGACUUGUUUAUUUUGUUGUUUCUGUUUUGAAGGAAGGCAUCAGCUGAUAAACAAUAUCUGUGCAUCAUUUCUUAUUCUUUUUUAUGCCUCAUCACUGGUAAAUCAAAAUAAAUGAGUUUCACUUCA